AUGGAAGAGGUAUCGCCUUUUCUGAAUGCCGGUCCUCGGACCAAGGCGGGUUCCUUGUCAAUUGUGCAUCUGUCGCGCGACAACCUGGUGCCAGCGGUCCUUAACGGCAUUGCCGGCGAGGUGGACGGCUACGCAGAGGGCACUGUCAUCAAUACGAGAUUCGGCUCAUUCCCACAUUCGACCCUUAUCAACCAGCCGUGGGGUUCUCAAGUACGAGCCUCCAUCGUCGACACGGGCUCCAGGGGCAGAAAACGCAAAGUCAGAGAGGAGACCGACGAGCCUAGUAACGACACCGAAGAAGCUGCGACUUCCGCCGCCCUCAAGAAGCCCACGACUGCCGCAAGUGGUUUCGUCCAUGUGCUACCUCCGACACCAGAGCUGUGGACCAUGGGUCUGCCGCAUCGAACGCAAGUAGUCUACACGCCCGACUACAGCUACAUCCUACACCGGAUACGAGCAAGACCGGGCAUGAGGAUAAUCGAGGCCGGUGCGGGCAGCGGCAGUUUCACUCAUGCAUCGGUGAGAGCUGUCUACAACGGCUAUUCCAAGGACCCUGCCCAACGAAAGGGCAAGGUCUUCAGCUACGAGUUUAACGAGGCCCGUUUUCACGUCAUGGAAAAAGAAAUUGCGGCCCACGGCCUCAAGGAUCUUGUGCAGAUGACACAUCGAGACGCUUAUACUGGCGGCUUCUUGGUUGAUGGAGAAAGCCCAGAAGCCGAAUGUGUGUUUCUGGAUCUCCCUGCCCCAUGGAAAGCCUUGCCACACCUGUCGCGUAACCGGCCUGCUACCACACCUGCGAACGGCGAGGACAAGCCUUGGGUCUCUCCUUUGCGGGCAGACUGUGCAGUGCACCUGUGUACGUUCUCGCCCUGUAUUGAGCAAGUGACAAAGACGGUUGAUGCCAUGCGGCGGCUAGGCUGGAUGGAGAUCGAGAUGGUUGAGGUCCAACAUAAGCGGAUUGGUGUCCUGCGCGAACGGAUUGGUUUGGAUAACCCGAGCGACCGAGCCACGAACCAAACGCCCGGCGAUGUGUCGGAUGCGGUAAAACGUCUGCGACAAGUUGAGGGGAGAUUCAAGGCGUUCCAUGGCCGGGGACAAAAGGCCUCCAAAGCCGAUGCCGAUGGAGAUGUUGAUAUGAACGACAACGACAACGAUGACGACAACGCCAACCCCAACACUGCGACACCUACAACGAAUGGGCCAAAACAAAAACCUGCAAAGGAGCAAAAAGCCGAAACCACAGUACCAUCGCAUAUGCUCGGCCGCCUAGUACACCGUACAGAGUCUGAGAUCAAGACACAUACAUCCUACCUUGUCUUCGCCGUGUUGCCUCAAGAGUGGUCAGAAGAACAGGAAACAGAAGCAUACUCCCGAUGGCCGUGCGGGCAAGAAAAGAAGGUCAUAGGAAGCGUGGACAAGGAAACGCGCAAGCAAGAGAAGCGCGAACUGCUUAAGGGCAAGAGCGAGAAGAAGAAGCGGAAGACUGAGGCCAAAGCCGGUCGAGCAUAA